GAGCGUGAUUCCCCGCAGCUGCGCCACGAGCUCGGGGAAGACUCCGGCGGUGAAGUCAAGCGCGCAGAAUAGUAGCCGGACACGGACCCGGCAGCUGCCAAUCAUAUACGGCGAUUCGGCAUUGCGCCGGCUGCACUAGCUCUAAGCUGAGCGCGCCACGGUCCUCUCUCUUCGCUGGCGCCGUGGCUGGCAUGGACAAUCUGCGCUCCCUUCUCGCGGCUCUCCUCCUCGUGUGCUUCGGCUUCGGUGCCGGCGUCCUGGGCGAUGGCGAUGGCGAGCAGUUCGUCUACUCCGGCUUCGCGGGCGCGAACGCCACCCUGGCCCUGGACGGCACGGCCCUCGUCCAGCCGAGCGGGCUCCUGGAGCUGACCAACGGCACGGCCCAGCUCUCGAGCCACGCGGUUCACCGGACGCCGCUGCGCCUGCGGAGGUCCCCGGGGGACGCCGUGCGCUCCUUCUCGGCGUCCUUCGUGUUCGGCAUCAUCCCCCCGUACUCCGAACUCAGCGGCCACGGCAUCGUCUUCUUCGUCGGCAAGGACAACUUCUCGGCCGCGCUGCCGAGCCAGUACCUGGGUCUCCUCAACAGCGCCAACAACGGCAACGCCACCAACCAAAUCUUCGGCGUAGAGCUCGACACCAUCCAGAGCACGGAGUUCAACGACACCAACGACAACCACGUCGGCAUCGACGUCAACAGCCUCAAGUCCGUGGCAGCGCACUCGGCCGGCUACUACGACGACGAGACCGGCGCGUUCAAUGAGCUGCUCCUGAUCAGCGGCAAGGCGAUGCAGGUCUGGGUGGACUACGAGAGCGACUCCACGCAGAUCAGCGUGUUCCUGGCGCCUCUGAAGAAUGGAGCCAAGCCUUCGACGCCCCUGGUGUCAGCCAAGAGCAACCUGUCGAAGGUGCUCGUGGAGCCGGCGUACGCCGGCUUCUCGUCGUCGACGGGCACGGUCAGGUCCCGCCACUACCUUCUCGGCUGGAGCUUCGCCAUGGACGGCCCUGCACCUCCCAUCGACAUCGGCAGCCUGCCGAAGCUGCCGUUCGUGGGCGCCAAGCCGCGGUCUAAGGUGCCGGACAUCGUCCUGCCGAUCGCCACCGCGGCGUUCGUCCUCGGCGUGGUGGCCGUGGUGAUCCUGCUCGUCCGGCGGCGGUCCAGGUACGCGGAGGUGCGGGAGGAGUGGGAGGUGGAGUUCGGGCCGCACAGGUUCACGUACAAGGACCUGUUCCGCGCCACGGAAGGGUUCAAGAACAAGACGCUGCUGGGGUUCGGCGGCUUCGGGAGGGUGUACAAGGGGGCGCUCCCCAAGUCGAAGCUGGAGGUGGCGGUGAAGAAGGUGUCGCACGAGUCGAGGCAGGGCAUCAAGGAGUUCGUGGCGGAGGUGGUCACCAUCGGCCGCCUCCGGCACCGCAACCUCGUGCAGCUGCUCGGCUACUGCCGCCGGAAGGGGGAGCUCCUCCUGGUGUACGACUACAUGUCCAACGGCAGCCUCGACAAGUACCUGUACUCCGGCAGCAAGGAGAAGCCGGCGCUGGACUGGGCGCAGAGGUUCCGGAUCAUCAAGGGCGUCGCGUCGGGCCUCCUGUACAUCCACGAGGACUUCGAGCAGGUCAUCAUCCACCGGGACAUCAAGGCCAGCAACGUGCUCCUCGACGCCGACAUGAACGGGCGGCUGGGCGACUUCGGCCUGGCGCGGCUGUACGACCACGGCGCCGACCCGCAGACGACGCACGUGGUGGGCACCAUGGGGUACCUGGCCCCCGAGCUGGCGCGGACGGGGAAGGCGUCCCCUCUCACCGACGUGUUCGCCUUCGGCGCCUUCAUCCUCGAGGUGGCCUGCGGCCGGAGGCCCGUGGAGCAGGCCAUGAACGACAGCCGGCUCAUGCUGGUGGACUGGGUGCUCGAGCACUGGCAGAAGGAGUCGCUCCUCGAGGUGGUCGACGCGAGGCUCGACGGCAACUACGACGCCGGCGAGGUGGUCCUGGCGCUGAAGCUGGGGUUGAUGUGCUCGCACCCCAUGCCCGGCGCGAGGCCUAGCAUGCGGCAGGUGAUGCAGUACCUCGAGGGUGACAUGCCGAUCCCCGAGCUGACGCCCACGCAGAUGAGCUUCAGUAUGCUGGCCCUGAUGCAGAGCCAAGGGUUCGACUCUUUCGUCUUGUCGGCGACGUCGGAUCCGUCGUCCGCCACGAAUACGAUGAUGACCAUGGGCACAAUCAGUGGACUCUCCGGAGGGAGAUGACAUAGUUUUCAAUUUCAAGGACUCGUGAGUUGUGCUGUGCAGAUGUUGAUCAGGUGUCACGACUAGUAUUGGUAGAGCUAUAAUAACCCUGUUCUGUGUGUAGUCCUACUACUUUGGUAUAGUUUCCCUGAGAUCCUCGUAUCAUACAUGUACUGUAUAAGCCCAGAAAAUAAGUUGAUAUUCAUUCUA